AUGGAUUGCAAGGAGGAGUCCCACCCACCUUCGGCUCGAAACUUAUCCCAAGAGCAGUCUAGUAUCGACACUCACAAAUCUUCUUUUGCUGGCACUCGACAGCCAUCCGAGGAAAGCAAAAGUAUCAGAUUCACGAAUACAGAUCUCAUAGGACAUCGGCCAUCACUUGGUGAUCAUCACAAAAAGUGGCAGAAUGUGCGACGAAGAAUGUCCCUCAAACCACCAAUAGGCCUCAAUAAAAUACGGGUAUCAGGCCAUCUAAACUACAAAGAGAUCCGGCAUCGAUUCGAACGUCAGAGUACAUUUCACGGGAUAAGCCAUGCUGCACUUGCACCUAAUAAUAGAUGGCGAUGUUUUUGGUAUACAGCAUUUUGGCUGUGCUUCUUCUGUUUGGCUGUCCAAAUAUUCUUUCUUGUUGUAAAAUAUCUACAAUAUGCAAAGACUGUUGAUCUCGAUUUGAAAUUUGAAAACGCACCAUUCCCUUCUAUCACAUUGUGCAAUUUAAAUCCGUACAAAAAAAGUGCUAUAAAUCUCAACCCAGAGACAAAGGCAAUGGUGAGUUCUUUUUGA